AUGCUCUGCCAACAAGUGAAGUUCAAGUGCAUAAUGAAGAAGACGUUGACUCUCCUCCUUCUCUACCUCUUCGGAGUUCUUGCUGUCAUGGCACUUCACGCAUCCGCAAUACCGGCACCUAAACAUAAGCCGGGCAGUCCAGAGGCGAAGAAGGCCUAUGAAGAUAAGUUAGCCAUAUGCAAGGAUAGUUCGAAGGAAGAGCGAUGUAAAUGGCUGGCUCGUUUCUUUGUCUACUACGAUUGCUUUGAACCUGAACGGGAAUGUGCCUAUGUCAACGGCGAAAAUGGUUGCAUGAAGAAAACUCUCGAGUGCAUUCGGAACGUCACCCGCAGUUAUGUUGAGCAGCAAUAUGGACGGAGUGGGUGCAAUGAAGGUUUCAAUCCUAGCCUCGAGAAAACUCCACCCACUUAUUUUGAGAUUGCCCAUUACAGCUCCUCUAUUUCAGCAAAAAUUCGUCGACAGAUCGAGAAGCCUUUCUGA